GUUAGAAUUUGUGAUCCAUUUUUGUCACAAUUCUAUGCUUAUUAUUUGCCUAAUUGAGAGGCUUUAAUUAUAUUUUGUGUUAAAAAUGAUUUUUAUUUGUGGAACUUUAAUUGAAGAAUUUGAGGACUCUUGGACUGAAUUGUGGAGAUUUAUCCUUUUCCAGUUGAAAAAUUAAAAGAAGCAAGCCAAACACUUUUUGUUCUGGAGAAAGACUCCUGCGCAGCAAACAUCAAAAGAAAAGAAAAAGAGGAUUACUCCUCUUAAUUAGACAGCAAUAGCAAAAAGAAAAUAAGAGUUGGAGUCCAGUAAUCAAAAGAGAAAAAAAGAUCCGCACCAGCAACCCAAGAAGAAAAAAAAAAGCCCAAGAAGAAGGAGAGUGCAGCAGAAAGGGUUUAGGGGUCUCGGAUCUAUUUUUUGGGCGUGGCUCCAUCUAUUCGGCAGCAAGGGUUCCCUGGAGGAGAAUAAGCCGGACUGGAGCAGCUAGGCAGGAGGAUGCCGGACAGUUGGGAGCUGAUUCGAAGAGGACGGGGCUGCUUAGUCACUCUCUGUGCAUAGCAAGGGACGUAGAUACUUCUCGGAAAGGGAGGGCAGAGACCUGGCCCAGGGACGACACACAGUUCUUCUGGUUUGCAGGCUGCAAAUUCCUGGAGGAAGGAAUCGUUUACUGUUCUAGAAAAUUCUGGUUGAAUCAACCCCAAUCCCUCAUGGUCUUGACUCGUAAUCUAUUUAAAUAUUUGAGUAUUAGCACAGUCGGUUGAUUUCAUUAUCGUUAAGAUGAUCUCUUUAUUUCUUACUGUUUUACUAAAUUUCUAUUUCAGGAUGAGUAGCUAAAUUUUUAAGUCCUGGAUGAUGAUGAAGUUGCUAUGAUUUAGUAUACAUUGUGAUUUUAGUUAAGUCAAUUGAUUGAGUUUUAUCCAUUGUUCUUAUUCACUUAAUUUCUUGUGUUAACUUCUGGCCAACUUUAGCAUGAUUAAUUAAGUCGUUUGAGUGGAUUAAUAGAGUACAUGCCAUGCCUAUUACUUCGAGCUCUUUUGGAUAAAAGAAUAGAUAAUUGAACUGUCUUGUUGAGUUAUCUAUUUGGUUCUUAAAUCGGGUUUCCGUAGUUCUUUUGUGAUUAAUGGAUUUUAACUAUUGAAUUAAUAAUUUCCUUUUAAUUAAUAGUUAAAGUACGUGACUUAUUCUGGACGCCAUACGGGAUAGUCAUAUUUUUGUCUAGAACGAACCCUCAAUUCUAUUUGGCUAACUAAAUCACAAAUACUAAAAAUUAGUGACUGAUUCAUAAUCCUGGACUACCUUUUCUCUUGCUUAAUUCUCAAUCAAUCUCAAAUUAGUUGUUUAAUCAUUUUAUUUUCAUUCAUUUAAAUUCCUUGCAUUCAUUUUAUUCCAUCUUUAGUAUUGGUAUUUCAUUUCAAAUCAAACAAAUCCAAAACUCAUUUUUUAGUUAGAUUACUUUCACUUUUAUUUUUAUUAAUUUUUAUUAAUUAAUAGUUUUCCAAUUACUUGGUUACAUUUUCCCUGUGGAUUCGACCCUUACUUGUGCACUAUACUACCGUGACUCGUGCACUUGCGAGGACUUAUAAAUUGUCUAUCAAUUUUUGGCGCCGUUGCCGGGGAAUUUGUUUAACUAGUUUUUGGAAAAUUGUUAAUUUAGUUUUUAUUUUAGUUAGUUGUGUUUGCUUUUUUUUUUUUUUUUUUUCGUUUUUUUUGUAUGCUUGGUCGCAGGUCACUUAAUCCAGAUUUGCUAUCGUUGAACGACCAAGUUGACUUAAUUGGAAAAAGGACAAAAAGGAGGUUUCGAUUUACACUUAAUCCAACAAUGGGCGACGCUCAACUGAUGAAAGAAUUUGGGAGACCGACUGUGGGUGUCUCUCCGUCUUGCAUUGUAUUGAGUGAGGCUGCCAGGAACUAUGAUCUAAAGACGGUUCACUUUAACCAAUUGCCAUCUUUUCAUGGGCUUUCAUCUGAGGAUGCCCUGAUUUUUAUUCGAGACUUCUAUGGCAUUGUUCAGAAUUUCCCCUUGAAAAGAGUGACUGAAGAUGAGCUGAAGAUGAGGUGUUUUCCCUACACUCUAAAAGAAGCUGCGAAGGCAUGGUUUAUGUCUUUGACACCUGGUUCCCUGCGCACUUGGAAUGAUGUGUACAAUAAGUUCAUUGGCAAGUAUUAUUCUCAGUCGAAAACUUCAGAAUUAAGAAGAAAGAUUGCCACUUUUACUCAAGCUGAAGGUGAGCCAUUUCAUGAGGCGUGGGAGAGAUUCAAGAUGCUACUCACUCAAUGCCCUCACCACGGUUAUUCAUUGGCGCUCCAGAAUCAGACCUUUUAUGACGGUUUAAACCAAGGAUGCCAAGCUAUUGUUGACAACGCAGCUGGAGGAGCAAUGGGAGAGAAGACCGCAGAACAGACUUUAGAGCUUUUUGAUAUGCUCGGAGCCAAUUCACAACAGAAGAGUGUGCAGGGCAGAACUCCAGGAAUUUAUGAAGUGGGCGUUGGGACAGAACUAGCCAUCCAGAUGUCUGAGUUGUCCAAACAGAUGAAGAAUAUGUGCUCCGUGAUGACAAUGAGCAUGUCUACUCCUGUUGUGCAUGCAGUACCUGAAGCUGGUUUUGAGCAAGCUCAUAUGAUGAACUCCUACAAUCAAAGGCCAAGAAAUGAUCCAUUCUCCAACUCUUACAAUCCCGGUUGGAGGAACCAUCCUAAUUUCUCUUGGAGUAACACACAACAAAGCAACCAGCCACCACCUGUUCAAAAGAAGCCUGCUUUGGAGGAUACUUUGCAAACUUUCAUGCAAAUCUGCACCCAAAAUCAGCAAGCAAAUGAGCAACGUUUUCAGCACACCGAGGCCUCUUUGAGGAAGCUAGAGAUACAAGUUGGGAAGAUUGCUGAAUCUCUCCAAGGCCAUGUGCAAGGGAAGCUACCGAGCCACACUGAAGAAGCAAAAGCUGUCACAGUUCUUAGGAGUGGGAAGAUAAUUGAGAAAAAUGAAGGGCUGCCCAUUCCUAAGCAACCGAAGAAGGUAGAAGCUGAAAAGAAGGAAGAAGUUGAGUCUGAAUCAGUGGAUGAGGAGAUCGAGCUGCACAAAGCUGAAGAUCCAUAUGUGCCGCCUAAGCCAUAUGUUCCACCCGUUCCUUUCCCAAACAGGUUAAAAAGUUCUAAGCUUAACAAUUCUUUUGAUGAGAUUUAUAAGUUGCUGUCUAAGGUUAAUGUGAAUUUGCCUCUUCUUGACAUGAUAAAAAACAUGCCUGCCUACGCUAAAUUUUUGAAAGAAUUGAGCACUAGAAAGCGUAGGUAUGAACCGAAUGAAAAAGUGUUUGUUUCUAAGGCUGUUAGUGAUGUUUUGCAAAAAGAUUUGCCCCCAAAAUUAGAAGACCCUGGCAGUUUUAUUAUCAACAUUAAUUUGGGGAAUUCUAAAUCCGAAAAAGCUAUGCUUGAUUUGGGGGCAAGUAUAAAUUUGAUGCCUUAUUCUGUUUAUUUGAAAUUAGGGUUGAAUGAGCUAAAAUCCACUACUAUGUCCCUACAGCUUGCUGACCGGUCUAUUAGAUAUCCCAGGGGCAUUAUAGAGGAUGUUUUAGUUCAAGUGGAUAAGUUGAUUAUUCCUACUGAUUUUGUGGUUUUAGACAUGGAUGAUCGGUGUAAGUCUGUGACAGACAUGCCGAUUUUACUUGGUAGACCUUUUAUGGCUACGGCAAAAACUAUGAUUGAUGUUCAAAAUGGAAAAUUGACUAUGAGUGUGCUUGAUGAAACUGUUGAGUUUUCCAUUUUGAAAUCAAUGAGUAUGUCGGCUGAUUCUGAUUCAUGUUUUGCACUUGAUAUUCUUGAUCCUAUUGUUUCUUUGGACAAGUUACAGGAAGAUGAGCUUGAGAAUCAUGCUUUUGAGAAAGCGAAAGUUUGCAAGAAGGGCAUUAAUUGUUUGCAUAAUAAGUCCAUUUUAAGAAAGGAUUUUAAACCUGGAAUAAAGGUGUUGUUGCUUGACUCUCGUUUAAGAUUUUUUCCAGGAAAAAUAAAGACCAAGUGGACUGGUCCCUUUGUGAUUCACAAAAUAUUUCCCGACGGUGCAAUUGAGCUUAUAAAUCCAAAAUCCGGGAAUAUUUUGAAAGUGAAUGGUGAGAGAGUCAAGAGAUAUUCAUGUAGUGAAGAUUCAGUGGAGCAAGUUGAGAGUCUUGAAUUUCUUUGGGAACAGUGUUGCUCUUGUUGUGUUUAAUCACAUAUUUUAAAAAAAAAAAAAAAAACAAAAUCAAAAAAAAAAAAAAACGAUUUUCUUAAUUCUGUUUCACCCUCCCCAAUUUGUUUCUUUUCUUUCUUUGUUAGUUUUAGUUUUGCAGGUCAAUUUUCAAGAGGUUUCAGUUUUUGUUUCAAGUGCUUUCAGGGAGUUCUUCUUCACCUUUCUCUUUUUAUUAAUCUUUCAUUGAGGACAAUGUUUGAAAUAAGUGUGGGGGAGGAGUAGCUCUCAUUCGUUUAAUUUUAAUAUAGUUGUGAAAAUUGCAAAAAAAAAAAAAAAUCAGAAAAAUGCCAAAAAAAAAACAGUUUUCUUGCUUGGAUUUGAGGGAAGUUUAAUUUCAGGAUUACCUUUUCGGCAUCAAGUUGUGAAUAGUUCUCCUUUCAUUGGUAUGUGGUAUGAUUGGUGGUCUCCAUCAUAGAUUUUCUCUUGAAUUUGAUUGAGUUCUUCACAUUGUUUUUACUUGGAGUCAAUUUCUUAACCUCUUGUGUCAUUAAUUUUGAUGUACUUUUCAAUUCUUUAUGAUCUUUUAGGAUGCAUCUUGAACGUUCCUGGAAAGAGUGUGAGUCCUUUGUCUUUUAUCUAGCAUGAUAGAACUUGUCUUGUUGCUCUUUUGGAAGCUAAGUUAUUGUGCAAACUGAUUGAGAAGUGAUCUAGGCCAUUUUUCAUAACCCGAGACUUUUAACCUACCCUUUGCAUUUUAUUUCCACUUGCUACCCCUUUGAGCCUAAUUGGAAGACAUUCUACCGUGCUUUUGACUAAUAAUUUCUUUGUUAUUACCCAUCAAUAUUGACCCGAGCCCAAAUAGCCAAAAUUUAUCCCUCACCCUUGAGUUGACAUUUUUUUACUUAAAUUGUGACUUGGAAGAGUUUUCAUCUUAUUGGAGCAUUUUUUUUCCGGCUGUUUGUAUAUGUAAUUUUGUUAUGGCAGUUUGUCAUUUCCUUUUAGAAGUAGUGUUGAUGUAGCAUUCAAAAAAAAAGCUGAAAAAAAGAGAAAAAAAGAAGAAGAGAAAAUACGAAAAAAAAAGUGAUAAAAAAAAAGGAAAAAAAAGAUGAGUUGAGUUGAAGUUUGUAUUCUUUUCACUUUCUGUAUGCACUCCGUUGUCUUAGAAGCCGGUUGAUUGUUGUAAUAGUUUUUUGUGCUCCUUUACCAUAUUUUUGUACUCUUCCUAGGAUCAGUUUGGUAUAAAAAAAUGCCUUCUCCUUUGUUUUGAAUCACCACAUCCUUUCUUUCAUAAACCAUCACCCAUGACCACGUUACAACCCAAUAAAAGUCCUAAGUGAUCUUGAUCAAGUUGUGCUUUGAUAAGGUGGAACGAAGAGUGCAUGAUGACUAUAGAGUGUUGACUGAUUGGCUUUGGAUUUUGCAUGAAUUCUGGAAAGUUUCUUGAGCAUCUCACUAGGUCAUUUAGAAUUGUAAAAUACAUCUUUAUUAAUGGCAUGUGAAUCUCGGUAAUUGACUCUUGAGUUUGGCAUUGUGGUGGAUACUUGAUUCGAAUUUCUUGAGAUAUUUUUUUUUUCAUGGAGAGGUUUGUUGGAAUGUUUGGUGAGUGGAAGGGAAUAAUUGAUCGCUUGUUGCUGAAUUGUUUCUUGAUAUUAAUUUUCCUUGAGGACAAGCAAAAUGCAAGUGUGGGGGAGUUUGAUGAGUUAGAAUUUGUGAUCCAUUUUUGUCACAAUUCUAUGCUUAUUAUUUGCCUAAUUGAGAGGCUUUAAUUAUAUUUUGUGUUAAAAAUGAUUUUUAUUUGUGGAACUUUAAUUGAAGAAUUUGAGGACUCUUGGACUGAAUUGUGGAGAUUUAUCCUUUUCCAGUUGAAAAAUUAAAAGAAGCAAGCCAAACACUUUUUGUUCUGGAGAAAGACUCCUGCGCAGCAAACAUCAAAAGAAAAGAAAAAGAGGAUUACUCCUCUUAAUUAGACAGCAAUAGCAAAAAGAAAAUAAGAGUUGGAGUCCAGUAAUCAAAAGAGAAAAAAAGAUCCGCACCAGCAACCCAAGAAGAAAAAAAAAAGCCCAAGAAGAAGGAGAGUGCAGCAGAAAGGGUUUAGGGGUCUCGGAUCUAUUUUUUGGGCGUGGCUCCAUCUAUUCGGCAGCAAGGGUUCCCUGGAGGAGAAUAAGCCGGACUGGAGCAGCUAGGCAGGAGGAAGCCGGACAGUUGGGAGCUGAUUCGAAGAGGACGGGGCUGCUUAGUCACUGUCUGUGCAUAGCAAGGGACGUAGAUACUUCUCGGAAAGGGAGGGCAGAGACCUGGCCCAGGGACGACACACAGUUCUUCUGGUUUGCAGGCUGCAAAUUCCUGGAGGAAGGAAUCGUUUACUGUUCUAGAAAAUUCUGGUUGAAUCAACCCCAAUCCCUCAUGGUCUUGACUCGUAAUCUAUUUAAAUAUUUGAGUAUUAGCACAGUCGGUUGAUUUCAUUAUCGUUAAGAUGAUCUCUUUAUUUCUUACUGUUUUACUAAAUUUCUAUUUCAGGAUGAGUAGCUAAAUUUUUAAGUCCUGGAUGAUGAUGAAGUUGCUAUGAUUUAGUAUACAUUGUGAUUUUAGUUAAGUCAAUUGAUUGAGUUUUAUCCAUUGUUCUUAUUCACUUAAUUUCUUGUGUUAACUUCUGGCCAACUUUAGCAUGAUUAAUUAAGUCGUUUGAGUGGAUUAAUAGAGUACAUGCCAUGCCUAUUACUUCGAGCUCUUUUGGAUAAAAGAAUAGAUAAUUGAACUGUCUUGUUGAGUUAUCUAUUUGGUUCUUAAAUCGGGUUUCCGUAGUUCUUUUGUGAUUAAUGGAUUUUAACUAUUGAAUUAAUAAUUUCCUUUUAAUUAAUAGUUAAAGUACGUGACUUAUUCUGGACGCCAUACGGGAUAGUCAUAUUUUUGUCUAGAACGAACCCUCAAUUCUAUUUGGCUAACUAAAUCACAAAUACUAAAAAUUAGUGACUGAUUCAUAAUCCUGGACUACCUUUUCUCUUGCUUAAUUCUCAAUCAAUCUCAAAUUAGUUGUUUAAUCAUUUUAUUUUCAUUCAUUUAAAUUCCUUGCAUUCAUUUUAUUCCAUCUUUAGUAUUAGUAUUUCAUUUCAAAUCAAACAAAUCCAAAACUCAUUUUUUAGUUAGAUUACUUUCACUUUUAUUUUUAUUAAUUUUUAUUAAUUAAUAGUUUUCCAAUUACUUGGUUACAUUUUCCCUGUGGAUUCGACCCUUACUUGUGCACUAUACUACCGUGACUCGUGCACUUGCGAGGACUUAUAAA